AUGUCAGGAUCUCAGAUUGACCCUAGCCUCUUUACCAACCUGGAUGCCCAGUCGCAGCAGGAAGUGGCCAGAUUCCUCGAGGCAGAAACCUCCAAGUCUAAAGUGCAAAUGAGUAUUCACCAAUACACCGACAUGUGUUUCAAGAAGUGUGUCAAGAAGAUCGAUUCGAGUGAUCUCAAUUCAGGAGAGCAGCAGUGUUUGCAGACGUGUCUGGAUAGGUUUCUGGACACGAACAUCUCAAUUGUGAAGCUGUAA